CUUAUCUGGAAAAUGGAGAGAAGAAAGGGGAGGCACGUGAGUCUGAUUCUGCUGAGAUAGACUGUGAAGGAGGUGUGACGGAGAGGACUAAUAUUACAGAUGGUUGCAAGCAAAGUGGGCGAGGUAAAGAGAUAGCACUUACAUCUCCAAGGACAGAGGAGGCAAACUUAGCACUCGUUGAAACCAAAGCUGAGAUUUCUGAACUGGAAGUUUGCACCAAGAAUGCGCCUUUCCAAAUGGAGGAAUGUGUCGUAGAAGGAAUGUCAUCAAAGCAGAUGGGAGUCGGGAUCUGUGAAGCUGAGAAUGGGGUGCCUGAUCCCCCCAAGAAGAGGAAGUCCUAUCGCAAGAAGGAGCUUCAGGAAGGUGAAGAUGGCGCAGUCAGUCCCAAAGGAAGCAAAUCACAAGUGAAGCGAAAGAGGACUAAACAACCUGCAGGGGAAAGCCGGGCCAAAAAGCAACGUAAUGUUGGUCCAAAACCAGGAGUCAGCGAUUAUGAUUUCGAUGCUCAAGAUGCUGCAGAGGUGCAUGAACAAGAGGGGGAACCUGCCCCGUUUCCCUCGGAAAAUCUCCUGGGGGAAGUCAUAGAAGAGGAUGAUUCCAAGGCCAAGUGGAGAUCCAGCAUCCCACCACGCAAGUCUGCGCCAAAGCAGGGCGGCAACUUCGUCUGUCUGAACCUCAAGAAAAGGUCCCACGUCAAAGGGUUUGCGCUGAGAGGGAAACACCUGCGGAAGCAAGUUUGGAAGCAGAAGUGGCAGAAGAAGGGAGAGCUGUUUGGCGGAGGAGGGGGCAGCCGGGCCAUGGGCCGGAGCUCGGACACCUGCUUCAGGUGUGGACAGGUCGGCCACUGGGCCUCGCAGUGCAAGGGGAAAGUGUCUCAGCCUGUCUCUGAAGCUCAACCUCAAGAGAAGGAAAAUGGCUGCGAUGCAGAGGAAGAGGUGCCCUUGCUCACUUUGGAGGAAGUGGCCCGGAUGACUAACACAGCCUACAGCAAGAUUUCAGCAAAAAACGAGAGAAGCCAAGGAUCUCUGGAGGCUCAGAGUCAAGAGGGAGGGGUCUUCCUGCCAAUGCACAGACCCACGUAUGAACCGUCCCCUCCACCCGAGCCCAUAGAGCCCCUCUACGGACUGGGUCCAGAUGGGAAGGUGAAAGAGACCCCUCCCGAGGUUUUCCAAGCGCUGGCUGAGCUGGGCUUCACCUCCUUCCGCGCAGGACAGGAAACAGCUGUGAUGAGGAUUCUUUCAGGUCUCUCGACGCUGGUGGUCCUUUCCACGGGGAUGGGGAAAUCCCUCUGUUAUCAGCUCCCGGCCUACCUGUACAGCAAGCGGUCCAGGUGCAUCACUUUGGUCAUCUCGCCGUUGGUGUCUCUAAUGGAUGACCAGGUCUCUGGCCUUCCUCAGCGCCUGAAAGCUGUCUGCAUCCACUCCAACAUGUCCAAGACCCAGAGAGAAGCUGCCAUGGAGAAGGUAAAGGCUGGGAAGGUCCACGUCCUCCUGCUCUCCCCAGAGGCCUUAGUUGGGGGAGGCCUUUCUGCCUCCAGCUGCCUCCCGCCUGCAGAUCAGCUCCCGCCGGUGGCUUUUGCCUGUAUCGACGAAGCGCACUGCGUCUCCGAGUGGUCCCAUAAUUUCCGCCCCUGUUACCUGCGCCUAUGUAAGGUUCUCCGGGAGCGCCUGGGCGUGCGCUGCUUCCUGGGCCUCACAGCCACGGCCACUCUCUCUACGGCGCGAGACGUGGCCCAUCACUUGGGCAUCUCGGGAGGCGAAGGGAUUGCUGUGCGCUCUGCGGCUGUCCCUCCAAACCUGCACCUCUCCGUUUCCACAGACAGAGACAAGGACCAGGCCCUUCUGAGCUUGCUGCAAGGAGAACGGUUUGGGGGCCUGGACUCCAUCAUCAUUUACUGCACGCGCCGGGAGGAGACGGCUCGCAUCGCAGCGCUCGUCCGCACCUGCCUCCAAGGGGUGAAGCUCAAAGAGCGUCCCGGAGAUGAGGAGCAGGAGGAAGAAGAAGAGGGCAGCGCUGCUGCAAAAAGGAAGAAAUCAAAAGCUAAAAAGAGCAUCCGCCGCCCUCUGAAGUGGAUCGCCGAUGCCUACCACGCCGGCCUGUCUGCUGCUGAGCGCCGCCGGGUGCAGAACAACUUCAUGUCUGGCCAGCUGAGGGUUGUGGCAGCGACUGUGGCCUUCGGGAUGGGGCUGGACAAGUCUGACGUGCGAGGUGUCAUCCACUACAACAUGCCCAAGAACUUCGAGAGCUAUGUCCAGGAGAUCGGGAGGGCUGGAAGGGACGGGAAGCCCGCUCAUUGCCACCUCUUCCUGAACCCAGAGGGAGAGGACUUGCAUGAAUUGAAGCGGCACAUCUAUGCGGACACGGUCGACUUCUUCACGGUGAAGAGGCUGGUGCAGAAGGUCUUCCCCCGAUGCAAGUGCCGGGAGCUUCACCAGAAGCAGGAGCAGCUCAGCAAGAGCGAUGAAGUGGAGGAUGCCGAGAUGUUGGCUCUCUCAGAGGAAAGCGGAGGGGAGAAUCCCAGUUCGGACGCCGGGCGACCAAGAGUGUGUUACAGACACGAGAGAGCCAUCCCUAUCCAGCCGACCGUGGAAGCCUUGGACUUCCGAGAGGAAGGUAUCGAGACGCUUCUGUGCUACCUGGAGCUUCACCCUCAGCGCUGGCUGGAGAUGCUGCACCCCACGUUCUCCUCCUGCCGAGUGAUCUGCUAUGGGGGACCCCAGCAGCUGCGGACAGUGGCCCAGAGGUGCCCUCCUCUUGCCGUCUGCCUGGCCCAGCAGCACCUGCAAGGCAUCAGCCACACUCACACCAGCUCCGUGGACUUUGACGUGGUGGUGCUGGCUGACUCCAUGGGCUGGGAGGUCCUGCCAGUGAAGCGAGCCCUGCGCCAGCUCCAGUGGGACACCCGGUUGCAGAACGGGUCCAGUGUGUCUAGGAAGAGUGGGGUCCUUGUGGAGUUCAGCGAGCUCUCCUUCUAUCUGCGCUCCUACGGCGACCUUACCGAUGAGGAACUGGACUCGGUCUGCGAAUUCCUGCACCGGCGGGUGAUGGACCGAGAAAAGGCGGCCCUUGGCCAGCUCCGAGUGUGCUUCCAGGCCUUCCAGAGAGUGGCCUUCCGGAGCUGUGCCUCGUGCUGCGAUGGCGGAGGGGAGGAGAGGAGCAACCAGCUUAAGACCCUGUUGAUGGAUUAUUUUGAGAAGGAUGUGAUGCUAGAAGAAGCGGAUUAUGAACGAAGAGAUGAAGGAAUGGAUGCUAAAGACCUCGAGGACAUAAAAUUUCGGGACUGGGAAGACCAAAUCCGAGCUGACAUCCGCCACUUCCUUUCCAUACGGCAAGAAGAGAAGUUCUCCGGCAGAGCCGUGGCCAGGAUCUUGCAUGGCAUAGGGAGUCCCUGCUUUCCUGCUCAGAUUUAUGGCCGAGACCGGCGCUUCUGGAGGAAGUACAUCCAUUUCGACUUCAACAGGAUCAUGCACUUGGCCACAGAGGAGAUCAUCCACUGGAAGUGAGAGAACAUCGCGGAAGAGAGUGUCGCAAAAAGCUUACACUGGAAACUUGUUGUUGUUCAUGCGUUUAGUUGUUUUUGACUCUUUGUGACCUCCUGGACGAGCCCACGCCAGAGCUCCCUGUCGGCCGUCACCACCCCCAGCUCCAGUCCCUUCAAGGAUGCCAUCCAUCCAUCUUGCCCUUGUUUGGCCCCUCUUCCUUUUUCCUUCCACUUUCCCCAGCAUCAUUGUCUGGUUGCAUGGCAGUAUUUUCUCAGGAAAAGGUUUUACUGUCUAAAAGAACGA